AUGAGCCAGAACCUCCAAGUGAGCUACACAGCGCUGGGCAUGUCGGACGAUAACCAAACCUGCAGCUAUUCGAUGCCCUCGGGGGCAUCGCCUCCCCUCAACCACCGCCUGCCGCGCAAUGUCAACUUCACCGAGGAGCUGCCCGACCUGGCCGGCUAUCCCCCCCAGCAACCGCCCACCCCGCCCACGACGGCGGUCCGGCGCUUCUCCAAGUCCAUCUUCCAGCGGCCGCGCUCCAUGUCCGUGUGGAGUGACAUCAGUCGGAGCAGCAUGCGUCUGGAUGAGAGAGUUCGUGUGGAGUACUAUGUGAACGAAAACACAUUUAAAGAAAGACUGCAACUCUAUUUCAUUAAGAAUCAGCGUUCAAGCUUGCGCAUACGAAUCGUCGAUUUAUUCCUUAAGUUACUGUCGUGUGUUCUCUACAUAAUACGUGUGAUAUUGGAUAAAAAUCCAACAUUUAUAACAUGCUAUGGCUGCGAAGUGGCCAAUAAAACGGAGUUCAUCAUCUCGGCCAAGUUGACGGACGAGGAAUUCCAGGAGAACCCCAUCAUCAACUGGGACGCCAUACUCUGGGUGAAUAGGCCGACAGUGCUUUGGGUCCUGCAGCUGCUUCUAGCCAUGGUGUCGUUAACGCAAUCCUUGGUUCUCACAUAUCUAGGCUAUAAGGGCAACAUCUGGCAGCAGAUACUCUCAUUUCACUUUAUACUAGAAUUAGUAACGACAAUACCCUUUGCACUAACGAUCGUUCAUCCUCCUCUGCGCAAUCUUUUUAUUCCCAUUUUCCUCAACUGCUGGCUGGCCAAGCGAUCGCUGGAGAAUAUGUUUAAUGACCUUCAUCGCGCCAUGCAAAAGUCCCAGUCGGCGCUCUCCCAGCAACUGACCAUACUCUCAGCUACCUUACUGUGUCUAGUAUUUACCAGCGUCUGUGGCAUCCAGCACUUCCAGCGUGCUGGACACCGACAUUUAAACCUCUUUCAGAGCACUUACUACGUGGUUGUGACCUUCUCCACAGUGGGUUACGGUGACUUUGUGCCGGACAUUUGGCCCUCGCAGCUGUACAUGGUCAUCAUGAUUUGCGUUGCCCUCAUUGUGCUGCCCACGCAGUUUGAACAACUGGCCUUCACGUGGAUGGAGCGACAGAAACUGGGCGGCAGCUAUAGCUCCCAUCGCGCCCAGAGCGAGAAGCAUGUGGUGGUGUGCUCCACCACACUCCAUGCGGACACCAUUAUGGAUUUCCUCAACGAGUUCUACGCCCACCCGCUGCUGCAGGACUUCUAUGUGGUGCUGCUCAGUCCCAUGGAGCUGGACACGACGAUGCGGAUGAUCCUGCAGGUGCCCAUCUGGGCGCAGCGCGUCAUCUACAUUCAGGGCUCCUGUCUGAAGGAUGGCGACCUGGCACGCGCCCGUAUGAACGAGGCGGAGGCGUGCUUCAUUCUGGCGGCCAGGAACUAUGCUGAUAAGACGGCCGCCGACGAGCACACCAUCCUACGCUCCUGGGCCGUCAAGGACUUUGCGCCCAAUGUGCCGCAGUAUGUGCAGAUUUUCAGGCCGGAGCACAAGCUGCAUGUGAAGUUCGCGGAGCACGUGGUCUGCGAGGACGAAUUCAAGUACGCCCUGCUGGCCAACAAUUGCACCUGUCCCGGUGCCAGCACGCUGGUCACCCUGCUGCUCCACACCUCCCGCGGCCAGGAGGGCCAGCAGAGUCCGGAGGAGUGGCACCGCCUGUAUGGCAAGUGUUCCGGCAAUGAGAUCUACCACAUUGUGCUCGGCGACAGCCGCUUUUUUGGGGAGUACGAGGGCAAGAGCUUCACCUACGCCAGCUUCCAUUCGCAUCGCAAAUAUGGCGUGGCCUUGGUGGGCGUGCGUCCGGCGGAGCUGCCGGAAUUCUACGAGGAUACCAUUCUGCUGAACCCCGGGCCCAGGCACAUUAUGAAAAAGGAUGACACGUGCUAUUAUAUGAGCAUAACCAAGGAGGAGAAUUCCGCAUUUGUCGUUAAUCAAAAUCAAACAUCGGAUCCGGCGGCAGCUGGCAAAGAGGGAGGUGGACUUACCUCCGCCUCCGCCUCCACUCAUCCCGCGGCUGCAACUGCUAUUCCAACAACUACAACAACUACUCCAAUAACAACAACAACAACUCCAAUUAAAACAACAAUACAAGCAACAACAAUUAGCACAACCUUCACAUCAUCAACAUUACUAUCAGCAUCAACAACAACAGCAACAAUAAAUGCAACAUUAAAUGCAGCAGCAGCCGCACCACCACCAGUGCCGUCUGUUUGUGUGCGUGUGCCCCACAGUCCCAGUUACGAUAGUGGUGGUGGCACCACCGCCGGCACCACCCACUUGCAACCGUAUCCGUAUCCGCAAUCGUAUCCGCAAUCGCAUCCGCCAAUGCAAACACCAGACAGUGGCGAGUUUGCAUCACUAUUUGUGCCCAGCGAUAAUCCGACGGCUGUGAUAAUCUCGGACUCCCGCCAGAACCUCAAGGACACGACGGUGACCCAGACGGCGGCGACCACGACGACGAUAACAACUACAACCCUGCCACCGCCACCCCAGGCUAUGGGAUCCCCAAGCAUGGCCGGUGGAUCGGGCGGCGGUGGUGGCCUUGGGGUGGGCACUGGCCACAGCAUGGGCACCUCGCUGAGCAUCACGCCAGCCACUCUGACCACAACGGGUAAUCACCUGGACGUGCCCUUUGCCAACAACCCAAACCUGCUCAGUCCGGAUGUGCUCAACCAGAGGAGGGGUAGCAGACGUCCUUCGAUCCUUCCCGUGCCUGACAUGUUCACCUCAUCUUCGUUCAGCAUCGCGGGCAAUGACGAUGGCGAUGAGGGAGACGAGAGCGAUGAUGAAAUCGACGACGAGAUGCCCUGGCGUUCUCCCUCGGAAAAGAUUGCCUGCUUGGGCGGGCACUUUCCCCAAUCGCGCACCUAUUCGCUCAUCAUGAGCUCCUCGGAGGAUUCGAAUCAGCACAGUUGCAGCUUCUGCCAUGCCACUGCUGCCGCAUCCGCUUCCGCUGCUGUUGCUGCUGCUGCUCCUAAUCCAAAUGCCUAUGCUGGUGACUCCACUGGUGAUUCCAUUGACUUGGCCGAGGAGUAUCUUCCGCAGUUGCGCAGGCGCGUCAUGAAGAAGAGCUUCAGCUGCGACAGCGAGUGCCGCAGUGUUCCCGGAAUGGGAAUGGGAAUGGGAACAGGUAUGGGCUUGGGUCUGGGCCUGGGUGGAGGAGCCUUGGCCAGGCUGGCGGCUCGCAGGCGACAGUUGCAGCGCUGCUGCUCCUGCAGUUGCUCCACCACAACUACCACAACAGCAGCAGCAGUAGCAGGUGUAGGAGCAGGAGCAGGAGCAGGGGCUACGGCAUUCACGUCAAGCAGUUCCGUAGAGACGCGUCGGCCGGUGCGUCCUGUGUGGGUCGCCGACUACUCCUGCAUCGUUAAGGGCUUUCCGCCCGUGUCGCCCUUCAUCGGCGUGAGUCCCACGCUCUGCUACCUGCUCAAGGAGAAGAAGCCUCUGUGCUGCCUGCAGCUAGCUCAGGUCUGCGAGCACUGCAGCUAUCGGAAUGCCAAGGAGUACCAGUGGCAGAACAAAACCAUUAUCCUGGCAGCGGACUACGCCUCCAAUGGCAUCUACAACUUCAUCAUUCCGCUGAGAGCUCACUUCAGGUCGAAGACCUCCCUGAAUCCCAUCAUCCUGCUGUUGGAACGCAGGCCGGACGUGGCCUUCUUAGAUGCCCUUUCCUACUUUCCAUUGGUCUACUGGAUGCUGGGUUCGAUAGACUGCCUGGACGAUCUGCUGAGGGCUGGCAUCACGCUGGCCGAAAGCGUGGUGGUGGUUAACAAGGAGCUCUCCAACUCGGCCGAGGAGGAUUCCCUCUCCGACUGCAACACCAUUGUGGCCGUGCAGAACAUGUUCAAGUUCUUUCCCAGCAUCAAGAGCAUCACGGAGCUAUCGCAGAGCUCCAACAUGAGAUUCAUGCAGUUCCGGGCCCACGACAAGUACGCUCUGCAUCUGAGCAAAAUGGAGAAGCGCGAGAAGGAGCGCGGGUCGCACAUCUCCUACAUGUUCCGCCUGCCCUUUGCCGCCGGAGCCGUGUUCAGUGCCUCCAUGCUGGACACUCUGCUGUACCAGGCCUUCGUCAAGGACUAUGUGAUUACGUUUGUGAGGCUUCUGCUGGGCAUCGACCAGGCCCCGGGCAGUGGCUUCCUGACCUCGAUGCGCAUCACCAAAGACGACAUGUGGAUACGUACCUAUGGCCGGCUGUACCAGAAGCUCUGCUCCACCACCUGCGAAAUACCAAUUGGCAUUUACCGCACCCAGGACACCUCGAAUGCGGACACCUCUCAUGUGAGUAACUCGCCGGUCGAGAGAUGGGGACCCUUCUCCGCCUUCAGCAGACAUUGUGUGCGCUUGCGUCCAUCGUACGACGAGGAGACCGGCACGCCCGACUCGACGAAGGACUCUACGGAAAUGCUGCGGGGGGUCACCUACCGCCCGCCGGCGUCGGCAACAGGUGGUGCCAGCAGCUUCCGGCCGCAGUCGCAGCCGCAGCGUCAGCGGUCGGUCAACUGCCUCGGCGGUUGCUCCGAGCGCAAGGGAUCAUCCUAUUCCAUCAACCUGGCCGACGAGGCGAGGGACAACCAUGCCCAGCAGAUUGAGCGGGCGGAAAUAGCGAAUCUGGUGAGGAGUCGCAUGGAGUCCCUGAACCUACCCACAAUCGACUAUGAUGAUGUGAGCGAGAAGCGUAACCACCUGUCCUAUGUGAUAAUCAAUCCGAGCUGUGAUCUCAAGCUGGAGGAAGGCGAUCUGAUCUACUUGGUUAGACCUUCGCCAUUCUCGGCCCAAAAGACCUUCGAGCGACACAACUCGCGCCGCAAAUCAAACAUCUCCUUCUGCUCGAACAUUAAUCUGGGCGCCACCUGCGGCCCCCAAAUGCCGCAGAUGAACAUGAACAUGAACAUGGCCAACACCGCCGUCGGGGCUGGAUCGCGUCGCGGCUCCGGCAUCGCCGGUUUGAACCCCAUGCAAAUGCAGAGUGUUCAGACUUUGGCCGGGUAUGGAUCAUCCUCGCAGCGCUGUAGCCCCCCGAUGCAGCAAAUUAAAUCGAAUUCUCUUUCUCUACCCGACAGUCCGACGGUGGUUGGCAAUCAGCGUGGACGGAGUAACUCAUUGCGGAUCGACAACGACAUCCUGCUCCGUCGAUCCUCGUCCCUGCGACAGGGCCUUCCCAGCGUGGGCGUUAGCCACGGCCGGAGAAAGUCGUCGCUGGAGGAGAUCGGCAUCAGUCACUUCACCACCCUCAUGCAGGCAACGAACCACAGUAAUCCCAUCAAGAUAUCGCUCAAUGGCAGCAUCGGCAUGGAGAAUCAAAUCUCCUUGCAGGUGACACCGCCCGAGGAACCCACACCCAUGCUGGGUGUACCCUGUGUCGUGGGCGGUGGCGGCGGCGGUGGUAUUAAUCCAUCCGGUGCCGGCUCCUCCACGGGCGGAAUGCUGGGAGCCGGCUCCUCGCUGGCAAUCAAUACGGCAGACCUGGGACCGGGACCGAGCACCUCGUCGGGAGCGGGCGGUUCGCUGCAAGCUCAGGACUCGCUGGGUCAACAGCCGUCGCAGGUGUCGUCGCCGCAGCAUCUGCAGGGAACGAUUGUAUGAUACAACCUGAUGUGGGGGCGCCGACUCCGCUCCUCCAUGUCGAAAAACAAGUGGAUAUAGAACACGGCCAGCACGCACAGACACUCCCGUAGAGAUAAGUUCUGAUCAGAGCGAAAGUAUUAGGAACCCAGCCAACCAACCAACCAAUCCCACCCCCUUAAGUCUGUCUGUGGUGUGUGGCCCCGGGAGAUCCAUUGCGAGCCCCUUUAAGUUAGUCUUGUAUGUUGAGAGGAUCACUGAUCCCAUUAUCCCUAGGGAAUACCAAUAACACUCGAGGAUAUAUUAGUUUAUAAGCAAUGCAUUAUGCCGCGCAAAUUGUGUUUUGGGAACAACAAAUGUAGUUAAACUAUUGGAUAGAUUCGACGGUGACUUAGCUAACUGUAUAACUGUAAAUAUCCGAUGCCUAGACCUAAGCAUAUCCCAGGAGAAGCCGGAGAGACGUAGCAAACUAUCAAAUAGAUCGGGUUUAAACCCCUGUAUAUACCUUAGGUAUGACCUCACCAUUUUGUUCUGUUCAGCUUCCCCCACCCUCAGACCCAAGGAAACCCCAUAUAGAAACAUAUAUGAAGGUGCUAUCAAUGUCUUGUACUAUACACUCUCAUUCGAAUCCACUUUUUUUGUAAAACUAUUAGCAAUGUUUUACGCGAAUAAUUCCAAUGGAAAGGUAACAAAACAAACCAAGAAAGUGAAACGGUUUUCAUAAUAUAAAUUGGAACGGGCUUUGGUAUACUCUAAUGCUUUACAAAACCAACA